AUGGCUUGCUCCCAACAAUCAGAUGAGCUUGUCUUUUACGUGAAUGGCAGGAAGGUAAUAGAGAGGCAGGCAGAUCCUGAAGAAUUGCUGCUGUAUUAUCUAAGAAAGAAGCUCCGUCUCUCAGGUACAAAAUAUGGCUGUGGAGUAGGAGGCUGUGGUGCCUGCACUGUGAUGAUAUCCACAUAUGAUCCAGUUUCCAAGCAGAUACAACAUCAUCCUGCCAACUCCUGCCUUCUCCCCAUAUGCUCACUGCACGGUGCUGCCGUCACUACUGUGGAAGGGGUUGGAAGCAUAAAAACCAGGAUUCAUCCAAUUCAGGAAAGGCUGGCCAAAUGCAAUGGCUCCCAGUGUGGCUUCUGCACCCCUGGAAUGGUGAUGUCCAUAUAUGCUUUACUGAGAAACCAUGCGGAACCUUCCAUGGAGCAGAUAAUUUCUGCUCUGGAUGGUAAUUUGUGCCGUUGCACAGGCUACAGGCCAAUUAUAGACAGCUACACAUCUUUUGCUAGGGAGCCAACAUGUUGCCGACUCAGAGAAACCAGACAAUGUUGCUUGGGUCAGGAAGAAUGUGUGUGUUCAUCUUCUACAGAACGUCAGAUUCAUUCAGGUCUUUGCAAUCCAGAAGAAUUCCCCCCUGUGGAUCCAACACAGGAAUUCAUAUUUCCUCCUGAACUAAUGAGAAUGGCUCAAGAGCAGCAAAGAACAACUCUGAUUUUCCAUGGCAAGAGAACAACAUGGAUUUCUCCUGCUAGCCUGAAGGAGCUUCUGGAGCUAAAAGCCAAGUAUCCAAAGGCACCCCUGGUUGUGGGGAACACCAGUGUGGGACUCAAAAAAAAUCACCAUGCUGUCUAUCAUCCAAUCAUUCUCCAUCCUGUUAGGAUUACAGAAAUGCAUGUUGUGAGUAGCACAAAUGAUGGGCUAGUAAUAGGAGCUGCCUGCUGCUUGGCCCAGCUCAGAGACAUCUUGACGGAGGCAGUCCCAAAACUUCCAGAGGAGAGAACAAAGAUCUACCAAGCUCUCUUGCAGCACCUGAGAACUCUAGCUGGAGAACAAAUCAGGAGCAUGGCAUCUUUAGGAGGACACAUUGUAAGCAGGGGAUCGACCUGGGACUUGAACCCAAUCUUAUCAGUUGGCAAAUCUGUCCUCAACUUGGCAUCAAAAGAUGGUAAACGGCAGAUUCUUUUAAAUGAUCAGUUUCUUGCUGGCUGUGAGCAUGCAGACAUCAAGCCCGAAGAGGUCAUUGUUUCUGUUCUCAUCCCAUAUUCUGUGAAGGAUGACUUUAUUUCAGCCUUCAGACAGGCUGUAAGUCAGAAAAAUGCUUUGUCCAUAGUGAAUUCUGGAAUGCGAGUACUCUUCAGUCCAGGCACAGACACCAUUGUAGAUCUGAGUAUUUUAUAUGGAGGCAUUGGCUCAACCACACUCAGUGCAAGAAAGUCCUGUGAGAAGCUCAUAGGAAGGCAAUGGAAUGAUCAGAUGCUGAAUGAAGCUUGCAGACUGGUGCUAGAGGAAAUUUUUCUCCCUUCAUCAGCUCUGGGUGGAAAAGUAGAAUACAGAAGAACUCUGCUUGUCAGCUUCCUUUUCAGAUUUUACCUGGAAGUGUUACAUGGUUUACAUCAGAUGUAUCCCUUCAGGUAUGCUGAACUCUCACAAGAGGAGAUAAGUGCUUUGGGAAUGCUACAAAGUGGUGUUCCCCACGGUGUCCAAAUCUAUCAGGAUGUUGACCCAGGACAGUCUCCACAAGAUCCUGUGGGCCGUCCCAUCAUGCACCAGUCUGGUAUUAAGCAUGCCACUGGUGAAGCAGUUUACAUCGAUGACAUUCGUCCAGUGGAUGGAGAACUUUCACUGGCUGUGGUCACCAGUAUUAAAGCCCAUGCAAAGAUUAUAUCAAUUGAUGCAUCAGAAGCCCUUCAGGUGCCAGGAGUGGUUGAUGUAGUGACAGCAAGAGACGUUCCAGGGAAAAAUGGCAAGGAUGAGCAAGCAUAUGCAGAAGAUAAGGUGAUUUGUGUUGGUCAGAUAAUCUGUGCUGUGGUUGCGGAGACACCGACUCAGGCGAAGUGUGGGGCUGAAAAGGUGAAGAUAGUGUAUGAAGAUCUGGAGCCGAUUCUGACCAUUAAGGGCGCAAUAGAACAUAAUUCAUACAUUACUGAAGAAAGGAAAAUAGAAAAAGGAGAUAUUGAGAAUGGAUUCAAGUCUGCUGAUGAAAUCAUAGAAGGUGAAUUGCACAUGGGAGGACAGGAACAUUUUUACCUGGAAACAAACAGUGUGCUUGUUAUUCCAAGAGUGGAGGAUAAAGAAAUGGACGUAUAUGUGUCAACUCAGCAUGCAACAGGAGUACAGGAGUUAGUGGCUUCAGCUUUAAACCUCCAGUCCAAUAAAAUUAUGUGCCAUGUGAAACGUGUUGGUGGAGCGUUCGGUGGGAAGAUUACUAAACCUUCACUCUUUGCUGUAAUUGCAGCAGUGGCAGCCAACAAGACCGGGCGUCCAGUUCGUUUUACCCUUGAAAGAAAGAUGGAUAUGUUAAUCACUGGUGGACGGCAUCCUUUUUUUGGAAAAUAUAAAGUUGGAUUCAUGAAUGAUGGUAGAAUCAUAGCCGCAGAUCUUCAGUGCUAUAUAAAUGGUGGCUGUACAAAAGAUGAAUCUGAGUUGGUGAUUGAGUAUAUUGUGUUGAAAGUGGACAACGCAUAUAGUAUCCCCAAUCUCCGAGUCAGGGGCCAUGCCUGCAAGACUAAUUUGCCUUCUAAUACUGCCUUCCGAGGAUUUGGGUUUCCCCAAGCAGGUCUGUUUGUGGAGACCUGUAUUGUGGCUGUGGCGACUCAGACUGGCCUACCACAUGAGAAGGUUAGGGAAAUAAACAUGUACAAAGGAAUUAACCUAACGUCUUUCAAAGAAGAGUUUGAUGCAGAGAAUCUUUGGAAAUGUUGGGAAGAAUGCUUGGAUAAGUCUGACUACUACAGCCGAAAAGCAACGGUGGAAGAAUUUAACAUGAAAAAUUAUUGGAAAAAGAAAGGGAUUGCUAUCAUUCCCAUGAAGUUUUCUGUUGGAUUUAAUGCAACUUACUUUCAUCAGGCUGGAGCUCUCGUCCAUAUCUAUAUAGAUGGGUCUGUGCUAGUCACUCAUGGUGGAAUUGAACUGGGACAAGGAAUUCACACUAAGAUAUUACAGGUUGCCAGUCGUGAACUGAAGAUACCAUUGUCAUAUAUACACUUCUGUGAAACAAGCACAACAACUAUACCUAAUGGCAAAUACACAGCAGGAUCAGUUGGGACGGAAAUCAAUGCAAGAGCAGUCCAGGAUGCUUGUCAAAUCCUUUGGAAGCGUCUGGACCCUAUACGAAGAGACAAUCCUAACGGCAAAUGGGAAGACUGGAUCAGUGAAGCUCACAAGCAAAGCAUCAGUCUUUCAGCUACUGGCUAUUUCAAAGGUUAUGUUACAAACAUGAACUGGGACACACAGAAAGGCCAUGCGUUCCCAUAUUUUCUCUUUGGAGUUGCAUGUUCUGAAGUAGAAAUUGACUGUUUAACAGGAGCCCACAAGAACAUCAGAACAGACAUUGUCAUGGAUGCCUGUUUCAGCAUAAAUCCAGCUAUAGAUAUAGGACAGAUUGAAGGGGCCUUCAUUCAAGGGGUUGGUCUUUAUACAUUAGAAGAAAUCUACUUUUCCCCAGAAGGAGAGCAGCUCACUCUUGGCCCAGAUACAUAUAAGAUCCCUGCCAUCUGUGACAUUCCUGAGCAGUUCCAUGUCUAUUUACUGCCAGAUUCACACAACUCAAUUGCUAUCUAUUCUUCCAAGGGCAUGGGCGAGGCUGGAUUCUUCUUGGGCAGCUCAGUGUUCUUUGCAAUACGAGAUGCAGUGGCUGCUGCACGGAAAGAAAGAGGACUGCCCCUGGACUUCACACUGAACAGCCCCUUGACUGUUGAGCGGAUUCGCAUGGCCUGUGAUGAUAUCUUUACUGAGAUGAUUCCAAAAGAUAAAUCUGGAACAUAUAAGCCAUGGGCCAUCAAUAUAGAUUAA